ACAGGGUUCAUACAGAGGGCUGUCAUAGUCCACUGCCUUUCACUUACAGUAUCAGCUUUUUACUUAUUCUUCCUUUUCUUUCGUAGUCCUGUGUGCCGCCAUGAUUCCGUAAAGUGUGUUAAGUUGUACUCCCGGUUUUCCUUCAUGCGCCUGCCAAAGGCAGAGAAAUCAUCCAUCUUCCCCGAUCUCACGUUCCCCUAGUCACUCGAAGCAGAUUGCUGCCCUGUCUGUGCAGGUUGAAACGGUCCAGUGGACCCCCUGUGGGACGCAGUUACAGUACAGUCUACACCCAUCCCACACCAGUGCAGAACUCGUCCUCAUGGCUCACAGACUGUUUGAGGGCAAGGAACAUGCAGUUUCCUACCAAAAGUACAGAUUAUCCCCUUCGGAGCAACUAAUAGGGGAGAUCCUGGCCUUUCUGGAGAAAAAGAAAGCGCGACCCUUUGGCUUGGCUGCGGACGUGGGCUGUGGGUCUGGCCAGGGUACGAUUUGCCUCGGCCCGCAUUUCCACCAGGUGGUCGGGAUGGACGUCAGCCCUGCUCAGCUGCAGAUGGCCCGUGCAUGUGCCAAUGCCUCCAACAUCUCCUACAGGCAGUGUCCAGCUGAGGAACUGCCCUUAGAGGACGGCUCAGCGGACCUGGUGACGGCCAUGUCAGCUGCCCACUGGUUUGACCGGCCACGUUUCCUUGCGGAGGCGUUCCGUGUGCUGAGGCCAGGAGGGAGCUUGGCCCUUCUCAACUACACCCUGGACAUGGAACUUCAGUACAGGGACUGUUCCCAGGAGCUCAACCACAUCUGCAGAGAGUUUCACUCUGCUCUUCGGCCAUAUCGCUCUGCUGUCUUGGGUCCUGAUUCAACCAUUCUCUACAAAGAAAUGUUUGACUCCAUCCCGUACCCAGAGAAGGAAUGGCAUGACUGUAUAUCUGUUAAGCAUUCAGUACCAGUAUCCAGCUACAUUGGCAUGGUGGAGUCCUUCUCCAGCUACCAGACCCUCCUUCAGAAGAACCCAGAGGAGGCCAGGAGACUGUCCCAGGAUGUCACAGGCAGACUGCUAACUGUGAUGAAAGUCACAUCUCCGGAAACAGAAGUUGGUUUGGUGGUGAAGUAUUACUAUUUUCUGGCUCGGAAGCCUGAUGUGAGCUGAAGUCAUGUGUCACAGAAGCUGGUAAUUAGCCAGGUGAUGCAGCCUCGUGAUUCUACAAUCGUCUGCUAUUACUUUGUAUGUAACUGAUUUUAUGUGCAUUAACCUACUAUCUACAGUAUGCCUGUCUGUCAGGUCAAUUAAGGUAAUCUUAAGCCCUGAAGCUAGUUAUCUGUUGGUGCUGUAAUUUCAUAAGAACUUUGUUAAUGUUUAAUUUUAAUCCUCUAUAGUUGUCUUUUAUGUAAAGAAUUUUAUCUGCAUUAAACUUUCACCAGCACUG